AUGACGAAAUAUAAUUCAUCAUCAUCAAAAUCUAAAAGAAAAUUCAUAAUACCAAUCAUAAUAAUAAUACUAAUAAUUAUAUCACUAACAUUUUUCAAUAAGAUACCAGGUAUAAAUCCAGCACAAAAUUUUCAAGAUGUCAUAUCAACAAAUUUACCAAAUGAUAAAAUUUUAGGAUUAAGUAAUUUUCUUUCUAAUGAAAAUUCUAAAAAUCAAGAUGAAUUAUUAAAUAAAAUUGAAAAAAUGAAUAAAAAAUGGUUUCAAUUACAAGAACAAAAAUUAGCAAAAUUAGAAGAACAAAAUAAAUUAAUAUUAAAAGAAUUACAUGAUUUAAAAACUCCAAAUUCUCAAUCUUCAAUACGUGAAAAAUUAAUGUUUGCUUAUUCAUAUAAUCCAGAUUCAAAAUUCCCUGCAUAUAUAUGGCAAACUUGGAAACAUGGAUUAAAUGAUGAAAGAUUUGAUGAAAAAUAUAGAGAAGGAGAAACUCAAUGGGCACAAAAAAAUCCUGGUUUUGUACAUGAAAUUUUUAAUGAUGAUACAACUCAUACAAUGAUUAAAUAUUUAUAUAAACAAAUUCCUGAAGUUAUUGAAACUUUUGAAAAUUUACCUGAAGUUAUAUUGAAAAUGGAUUUUUUUAAAUAUUUAAUAUUAUUUGCAAAAGGUGGAGUUUAUGCAGAUAUUGAUACUUUUCCAAUUCAACCUAUACCAAAUUGGACACCAGAAAAUGUAUCACCAUUAGAUAUUGGAAUGAUAAUUGCAAUUGAAACAGAUUCAAAUUCACCUAAUUGGAGACAAGAUUCUGUAAAAAGAUUGGAAUUUGGACAAUUUGUUAUACAAGCAAAACCUGGUCAUCCAAUAUUAAGAGAAAUUAUUGCAGAAAUUAUUGAAACUACUAGAUUGAAAAAAAUAGAAAGUAUGUCUUCUUCAACUGAUGGACAAUUAAAACUUAUUGGAAAUACAAAUCAAAAAUCAAAACAAAUAAGUCAAUGGACUGGUUCAACUAUAUGGACAGAAGUUAUUUUCAAAUAUUUUAAUGAUUAUAUUUUAUCUUCUGUGUUUCAAAAAGUUACAUGGAAAGCAUUUCAUGAGUUGACUACUCCAAAAUUAGUUAGUGAUAUAUUAGUAUUGCCUGUUAAUUCUUUUGCGUCUGAUAUUGAUAUUGAAAAAGAUGGUGGUAAAAAGAUUGAUGAUCAUUUAGCUUUUGUAAAACAUUAUUCUGCUAAAAUUUGGAAAAGUGUAUAA